AUGGUUAAGAUCAAGCGUCUUCGGGUUGCGCUUAAGGUUUGGAACAAAAAUAUUUUUGGAGACGUGAAUGAUGGUAUUGCUCAGUGGCGGUCUUCUCUGGAAGACAUUCAGCUCAGGAUUGCUGAGGAGGUAUACUCUGAUUCUCUCUUUGAUGAGGAAGUAGCGGCUCAGGUGCAGCUUGGAACUUUACUCUCUAGAAAAAGUUCGCUUUUGCAACAGAAAAGUUGUGUCCGCUGGCUUAACGAUGGGGAGAGAAAUACAAGCUUUUUUCAUAAUUCUUUUAAGAUGCGAAGGAAAAAACUAGUGCUUUCCCAGCUCAAGAUUGAUGGUGUGGAUUCUUUCGAUCGGGAUGUUAUCGUUGCUCACAUUGUGGAUUUUUUUUCCAACCUGUUUUCGAAGACUCACCCUCCUACUGUCUCUAUUCAUGACAUUCAGCAUAUUGUUCCGGUCACGGUCACGGUCACGGAUCAGCACAAUGCAUCGCUGACUAGUAUUCCUGUGGAUGAGGAAAUUAAAGCUGCGGUGUUUGAUUUGGUGGGGGAUAGUGCGGCAGGCUCGGAUGGUUUUUCUGGUGUUUUCUUCCAGAAGUGUUGGGAUACGAUUAGCUGCAAUAUUAUUUAUGCGGUGAGGGCUUUUUUCGUGAAAAAUUACCUUCCACAGGGUCUGAAUUCCAACACGCUUAUUCUUAUUCCGAAAAAGGAGGUCGUUGAGUCUUUAACGGAUUUGCGGCCGAUUAUCCUUUCUAAUUUCUUCUUCAAGAUUCUCUCUAAGAUUUUGGCUACGAGGCUGAGUUUUGUGGAUGCUGAGUGUGUUUCUCAUAAUCAGUUUGGCUUUAUUCGUGGACAACUUAUUCAUGACUGCAUCUUGUUGGGGUCGGAGGGUGUUAACUACAUGAAAUGUUCGUGUCAAGGCAAGAAUAUGGCUAGUAAAGUGGAUAUCAAGAAAGCUUUUGACACCAUGAGCUGGAAUUUUAUCAGGCAGGGAGAUCCGCUGUCGCCUGUCAUUUUUGGAAUAGCAGAGGAUAUGCUCAGCCAUCUUAUUUUGACUGUUGUUGCUGCUAGCACUAUUGAUCCUAUGAGGAUGAAUCGUCAUCAUCUCUUCCCCACCCAUCUCUUGUACGCAAAUGACAUUCUUAUUUUCUGCAAAGUCUCUAUGAAGAACGCUAGAACUAUCCAGGAUAUUUUGCAGUGUUAUGGGUUUCUCUCGGGUCAACUUUGUAGCCGUGAGAAGUCGAUAAUCUUCUUUGCUAAGGGUGUGUCCCUGUACUAUAGGCGCCAGAUUUCUCGUGUGCUUGGCUUUGCUAUUUGCAGUCUGCCCACGACUGAUUUAGGUGUUCCUCUUUUUGUUGGGCGACCCAGAUCUAUUAAUCUUGCAGCUAUUAAGGAUCGGAUUAUUAGUAAGUUUUCCCGCUAUAAUGGGAGGCAGUUGUCUAUGGCUGGACAGAUCUGUCUGGAGCUUGAUGCGGCUUGUCGCAAUUUUAUUUGGUCUGGAGAUAUUCGAAAGAGGCCUUCUCACUCGGCUAGUUGGGAUCGUGUUUGUGGUAUCAAAGAGGAAGGUGGCUUGGGCAUCCGAUCUUUUGAUAUGAUGAAUGAUCCGUUCCUUAUGAAGCUUGCUUGGCGGAUUAUUUCGGGCAGACAGUUUGGGUUUGAUAUCAUGAAGAGUAGAUAUCUGGAUAAUUUUGGAAGACCAAGGACGACGACUUUAGCUUCUUCUGUUUGGGGUGGAGUUCGACAGCUCAUCCCGGAGCUCAUUGAAGAGUCUUACUGUCUCCUUGGAAACGGCUCUUCGGUUUAUUUCUGGAAUGAUGAUUGGCUUGGUUAUUCUAUUGCUGACAAGCUCAACAUUAUGGGAUUUGUUCGGACUCGGCUUAAGCAGACUGUGGCUGACUAUCUUUAUGACGGAGUCUGGCAUUUUGCUCAGGAUUUUAUUGAUGAAUUCCCUCUGAUUGUUUGUGACAUUUUGUUAUUACCGAUUGGUAGUGAGGAUGAUAUCCGUUUAUGGAAGCCCUCGGUUCAUGGGAAAGAUACUUCGGUCCUGGCUUUUGCUUCCCGCUGUCAUCGCUUUUCUCGUGUUUCGUGGGGGCUCUGGUUGUGGGAGAAUUUUAUUCCUGUCCGACGUUAUAUCACUUGUUGGCGUUUCGGACAAGAGGCGGGGAUGUAUAGCACGGACAUUCAUGGGUUUCUUGUGUUCGCUUGGACGAUUAAACCGAGUUCGCAUCUCAAGAAUCUCUGGAAGCUCGGGGCAAAUACGGCUGGCUCUGCGGUUAGGGCGCCGGGGCGCAUUUGUGCAGGGGGUGUUUUUAGAGAUUGGAGAGGUUUGGUUAGGGGCUGUUUUCAUGUGGAGGGAGGCAUUGGCUUCGCCUUUGAGGCUGAGCUCCUCGGCAUCAUUUUGGCUAUUGAGUUUGCUAGUGGAUGUGGUUGGAAUAAGAUUUCGUUUGAGGCGGACUCCUCUUAUGGCUACUAG